AUGGGUGGAUUGCAGGCGGCUUGGUCCAUCAUGUCGAUGGUGACGCUGACACCGUUCUUCGCCUUUCUGUUUUCCAUCGUGUUUAUGGCAUCGAUCGGAAAAUCGUUCGGUGUGAGGCGACUGUACGUGAAUCUUUUGGUGAAAAUCUUCGAGUUCGGUCGACAAAACAUUGAAUCAGUGCGGAAACAGCAAUUCGCUAACAUUACAAAAUCCGAUGUCGAAGAUGAUGACACACCCACUGGUGACAGUCUUAGCACCGAAGCAGUCGAUACGGGCAGCAUAAAAACAAACGGCACAAUACCCAAUGGUGGAAACCAUCUGUACAUGAACGGGCGCGAUACAUCGUCAAACAUAGCGAACGGUGGCAACACCGUCAUUAGUAGGGCAGAAUCGCUUAUCCUAUCGCCGGAAGUUAUUGAUGAUACGCGAAGUAAAAGUACCGAGCCGACCGAUGAAGGAACCGUGCGGGAAAAUGGUGACGAUGGUGACGAGGACACCAAAUCGGACGGUACGGACGGUGAGCAUGAGGCGGCCGGUUUCAAGCUGUCGAAUUGUCUCGACUACGUAAAGUCGGGUAUGGAAGCGAUCAUCGAGGAUCAGGUGACGAGCCGGUUUUUGGCGGAAGAGCUAAAGAAUUGGAACUUGCUAACGCGUACUAACCGGCAGUAUGAGUUCAUCAGCUGGCGGUUAACCGUGAUAUGGAUGAUCGGUUUUUUGAUACGAUACUUUAUUCUGAUGCCAAUGCGGGUGCUUAUCUGCUUUAUUGGGGUGGUCUACUGUGUGAUUGGCUUCGCGUUCGUGGGCAUUCUUCCGACGUUCCGGUUGCGCCGUACCAUGAAUGAGAUCGUGUUCAAGCACACGUUCCGUAUGAUUACCCGUUCGAUAUCUGGGGUUGUACGGUUCCACCACCCGGAGUACAAACCGAAAAACUGUGGCUUCUGUGUGGCCAAUCACACGACACCGAUUGACAUUGCAAUCCUGUCCACCGAUUGUACCUAUUCCCUGAUUGGUCAGCGUCAUGGAGGAUUUCUUGGAGUGCUUCAACGUGCAUUGGCCCGAGCCUCACCGCACAUCUGGUUCGAGCGUGCCGAAGCAAAAGAUCGGAUAUUGGUAGCAAAAAGAUUGAAGGAACACGUGACAGAUCCCAACAAUCCACCGAUUCUGAUUUUCCCCGAGGGCACUUGUAUCAACAACACUUCCGUGAUGCAGUUCAAGAAGGGUAGCUUUGAAGUUGGUGGUGUUAUCUAUCCAGUGGCCAUCAAAUAUGAUCCACGCUUUGGUGAUGCUUUCUGGAACAGUUCGCGAUACUCGAUGAUGCAGUAUCUUUUCCUCAUGAUGACCUCAUGGGCGAUCGUGUGCGAUGUAUGGUAUCUGCCACCGAUGGAACGCAACGAAGGUGAAUCAGCGAUCGAUUUCGCGAAUCGCGUCAAGCGUGUCAUCGCCGAUCAGGGUGGUUUAGUCGAUCUCGUCUGGGAUGGACAGUUGAAACGCUCGAAACCAAAGAAGGAGUGGAAGGAAAAGCAGCAGGAGAAGUUUAGCAAGCUGCUCAAAGGCGAAUGACAGAUGGCCUAGCGGUC